AUGGGAUCAGUUGGUGGGGGAACUGGUGGUGGAGUUGCGCAUUUUAGUAACGAUGGUGUCAAGGGUGUACGUGUGAUCAGUUGCGCCCAUAAUGUCCUGGGCGACGAUGUCAAAAUCGUCCGGGAGAGAUUGCAGGAGGCUGCAGACGUGAUAAAAUUCGGGUGUGUCAGCAUGAAGGCUUUUGAGUUGAUCGCGAAGGAGGUUGACUUUGGCAAUGCUGUCGUCCAGGGAGAGUUACUUGGGGAGGGUGACGAGAUGAACGAGAAGUUCCCAUAUGCGGCCGAUGGUGAUGGAGUUGAAAUCGUCACAAAGGUGGCGAUAGAAUGCGUGGGGGUCUUGGUCUAG